UGUGCACAUUAUACUCAGGACCCCACCUAAAAAAGGUCCCUCAACUACUAUAAAAAGGCUCACCACUUAGCAGACUAAACACCCACCAACUUCAAACACUUCUCUAGCUAACCACACUCAGCAGUCACUACUACCAGUCAUUCCCUUUUUCUCUGCAGGUAAAGACAACAAUGAGCUCUCCAGGGGAUUGGUUGUGUGGUGCAUGCAACCAUGUGAACUUUAAGAAGCGGGAAUCAUGCCAGAAGUGUAGUUUUCCUAAGUACGGAAGCCAGGAUGAUAUCCCAUAUUAUAUUGCUAGCACAAAACUUAACAGGACAGAGGUGUUGGCCGGAGAUUGGUACUGCCAGAGCAUGAACUGCGGAGCUCACAAUUACGCUAGCCGUACAAGCUGUUUCCGAUGUGGAAACCUUAAAUGCGAAUAUGGGACUGUUGGUGUUGGUUAUGGAACUGGUGACAUGAUGGGAGCCGGAGUAUACAGCUCAGAUCAACAGCAACAACUACUUCCUGGGUGGAAAGCUGGUGAUUGGAUUUGUAUGAGACCUGGGUGUGGUUUACACAACUAUGCGUGCAGGAUGGAAUGCUACAAGUGCAGCUUACCAAGGGAUUUUGGUGGAGCAAUGUAGCAGCGAGGGGAUUUUUAGAGAGGUUACAAGGAUCCAUCUCGGUUUCUAAUGUAAACUUCAUGAGUCAUAGCACCUCUUUCUAGGGAAUGUAAAAAAAAAAAUUAAUUCCCCAUAAAUUAGAAUUGUAAGUUUUGUUAUUGUAAGGUGCUACGGAAUGAAGUGAAGCCCAAGAAGGCUAUUUUUCUGUUCAAUUUUGUUCAACUCCUCCAAUUUUGGAUGCUAAGUAUUUUAGAAACGUCUAUGAAUUAUCAUAUAAACAUAAAUUCAAGGAAUUGUUAAAUUAGGCUGGACUUAUUGUGAAUGCCAGCAUAUUAACGGAGGGACACAAGUGCACACACUUCAUAAGCCAAUGAGAUAUAUACCAUCCCAAAACCAUAUGGCAAUGGGAAAAAGGUCUCUAAUAACUUAUAAAGCGUGCACACCAUUUUUUCAGUUUAUCGAUGUGGGAUGAGUAGGAAUCACUCAAGCCUAGUUUAGUUCUGAAGGUAGGCUUAUCUAGCUUAAUUUGUUUUGCCUUCAAGGGACCUAUUUCUAAACUUUUUUAGCUCCUUUUAGUAUAAAAUCGUAAAGGAUAGCAGCAUAUAGAUAGGAACCACAUGCUUUGCUUUAGGCUCAUUUUGACAAGUGUAAAAAUAGCGAGGUAAAAAUGGCGAUUCAUGU